CGUUAGUCAGUUGAGCUUUUGCUCUGGUCGUGUACGCAUACGUUUCUCCCUCUUGGAAAAAAGAGCUCGGUUUUGGAACACCCCCUCCAGAAUCGAGGUGUUCUACUAAAGAACUUGUGAAGUGUGAUAAGAAUUAAGAAAAAAAAAUUUGAAAAAAAGACAAAAUAUCCUGCAGUUUCUGAUUGGUGAAACUGUCUCUAGGAUUAAAUACAAAAACAAUUUAUUUGGAAAUUAAUUAAAACCAUUUUGGAUACACAUAAAAAAUAUCCAAUAGAAUUCUCCAAUAACACAAAAGUUACCCCAACUCACACUCGCAAUGAAGGGCCUUAGCCUAUUUAUAGUGCUAGUGGCUUUGGUACAAUGGAGUACCGGUUACAGUGCCUACGGCCGCCUCAGUUCCUAUGGGGGGCAGGGUAGCUAUGGCAGUGGUUCAUAUGCCUAUGGUUCAUCGGGAACGGGUUAUAACUCAGGCUCCAGUUAUGGUUCUGCAUCGAAUUAUGGUUCAGGAUCUGGUUAUGGUUCUGGUUAUGUUUCUGGAUCCGGCUACAAUUCUGGAUCAUAUGGUUCGCGACAUUGUGAUGGCACCUCUUGCUCGUUUGGUGGCAGUAAUUCGGCCUAUACCUCGAGUCAAACUUCAUCGUCGACAUCUUCGUCAUCCGGAUCCUCUGCCUCGUACAGCACCUGUUGUGCCCUGAACUCCUGGGCCCAGCAAUACUUGACAGAGAUACGAGAAUUCUCGGCCCGUUUGAGACAGGAAUACAAUAGCAUGUCAACGGGUUCGGGACAUGGUUAUAGCAGCACCUAUACCCCGUGGUCGGAACGCAUCAUUAGCCUGACGGGUAAAACUUCGGGCGAACUGGAUGCCAUUUGCCGCCUGCAGGCCGAGGAGCUGCUGAACGAUAAACGCAGUGGUGUUUUGAGUUAUCAAUUGAUUGCCCAACCCAACUUCUUUGAUUGGAAAUCCGCUGAGGCCUUGUAUCGCUACUAUGCCGUGGAUAAUGGCCAGCAACAGACUUUGGAUUUGGGUUACAAACCGGUCGAUUUGAGCGGUUUCGAUGAUGUCAAAACCUAUAGCUAUCCCACCGAAGUUAAGGUCAUCGAUGGCAAGACCUAUGUGGUGCACAAAAAUGUUACCGAGGCCCACAAGAGUUCGGGUACCGGAACCCUGGAUAAUCCCUAUGUUACGGUGAUCAAAAGGAAUCGCACCAUCAUUGCCAAUGGCCCAGCUGGAGUUUAUAAUACCGCCAAUUUGGGUUAUAACACCGGAGCCUAUGUUGUGCCUAGCGGGGCUGGUUACACGGCGGGAAGUGGAGGUGUAAGCUAUGGUCCCGCUGGCACCACAACCACGGUGACACGCAAGAAGACAGUCUACGAUUGGGCCAAUCAGAACAUGGAGCCCAGUGUCAUUGGCUACAGGCCCUCGGUGAACCUGGAAACUAGCUCCUAUACCCGUCCUCCUGUACACAUUCCCGUGGAGACUUAUGGCUCCGAUGUGGAGACUUUCAACACCGGCUAUAGACCCAGUUAUGGUCCCGGCUCCACGGUGACUGUGCAACGUGUCAACAAGACCAUUAUCAAGGAUCACACCGGCACCCGGGUGUCGGGUUCCGAGAGCCACAAGAAAUGGGUUGAUGGCAAAUUGGUCUAUGACACGGAACGCCCCUUCGGCGAGUGGUCGGUGCCACGCGAUGAAGACUGGAAACGUGAGGAACGUGAACGUUUCUUCUGGUUCCUGACAGCCGGCAAUGCCACACCCCACAGCCUUGAGGCCUGGGAACGUCAACAGGAGGAACGCCUGCUCGGCUUGGCCGAACGUCAUCACUGCAGUCUGGAGGAUAUCCAGAAAUUCCAUCGCACCGAAUUGGAACGUUAUCAGAUUCUGCUGGCCCAGUACAACUCCCAGACCGAGGAGCCCAGCGAUUGGAAACGCAAGGAACGUGGCCGCCUCGAUUGGCUGAUCCAUCAGAACAGUGUGACACGCGAUGAAUUGGAACGCUGGCAGCGGGAAAAUGCCGACAAACUAAAUCAGCUGGCCCGCCAAUACCACAUACCGGUGCAGGAUCUCAAGAACUGGCAAAUCGAAGAACUCGAUCGCCUCUAUGUCUAUUUCAAUGACCAGAACAAUUCCAUGAUUGCCUUACCCACGGAUAAUUUUGUGCGCAGUUCGGAACAGGCCCGCCUCGAGGAGUUGAUACGUCAGCACAAUGCCACCAUUGAUCAGCUGCAUAACUCCAUCAAAAUGGAUCAGGAGAAGCUCAAGGACAUCUCCAAGGUCUACAAGGGCAAUGUUGAGGAAAUGGAAAAAUGGCUGAAGGGUGAAUUGGCUCGGCUGGGUGGCAUCAUCACCGAGACCCGUGAGGAAAUGACCCGCAUUACCGAAUGGCAAAAAUCGGAGAGGGCCCGUCUCGAAAACAUGGUGAAACUCCAUCAAGGUUCCGUAACCGAUAUUGACCAACAAAUGGCCAAGGAUCGCGUGUAUCUCCAGAAUUUGGCCAACAAAUAUCAUGUCAGCAUUGAUGAGCUGGAGAAAUGGCAACGUCAGGAAUUGGAGCGCCUCCAGAACGAAGGACAAAUGCAAAUCGAAAAGGGCAUCAAGGAAUGGCAAUUGCGGGAACAUGAAAAUCUCAAGAAACUUAUUGCCCGCAAUGACCUAACCAUUGAAGAGUUCCAAACGCAGAUCAUCAAUGAUCGUCAGCGUAUGGAGAACUUGGCUCGCACGUACCAUGUGCAAAUUGCCGAAAUCGAAACGUGGCUGAAGAGUGAAAUGAGCCAAUUGAAAAAUGAAGGUUUCCUCAGCGAAGUUAAAAAGGAACUGGAAGACUGGCAGAAGAAGGAGCGCGAACGUUUGAUGUUGAUCGUUCAGCAGAGCGGUGCCACCGUUCAGGAUUUGGAGUUGAAAAUCAAGGCCGAUCAGAGUCAUUUAAACCAAUUGGCAGCCAAUUACAAUGUGCAGGUUAAGGAGAUUGAAGAUUGGCUUAAAAACGAAUUGAUGCGCCUGCAGUCCCAGGGUUUGGUCAAGCCUGAAAAUCUCCAAGAAUGGCAGAAGGCCGAGCGCAAUGAAAUCUUCAAGUUGAUCGAAAACAAUCGUGUGACCAUUGAAGAAUUCGAAAAUAAGCUGUUGAAUGAUCGUCGCAAACUGGCCGAUUUGGCAAGGACGUAUAAUGUGCAGAUUCAUGAAAUUGAGACCUGGAUUAAAAAGGAGGGUGAGCGCCUACAAAGCCUGGGCUUGAUACAAAUCAAGGAGCAGUUGAACAAUUGGCAAACUAUUGAACGCGAGCGUUUGAUGAAGCUGCUGCAGGAGAAUAACUAUUCGAUUAAGGAGCUGGAGGAGAAGUUGAAAAAGGAUCAAACGCAUUUGUAUGCCACGGCCAAUCAGCAUCAGGUGCGUGUGGAGGAAAUUGAAGAAUGGCUGAAAAAGGAAAUCAAACGUCUGCAGGAUGAGGGUAUGCUGGAGAUUGAGAAGCUCAAGAGCUGGCAACUGGAAUGGCGUGGCAAUUUGACGAACAUGAUUAAGGAACGUGAUUUCACGGUGGAACAAUUCCACACCUGGUUAAUGGAUGAUCGCAAGCGUCUGGAGGCCCUGGCCAUGCAGCAUAAUGUCCAGAUUGAGGAAAUCGAGGAAUGGGUAAAGAAUGAGGAGCAACGUUUCAUUAGCAUGGGUCUGCUGAAGCCCAACGAGAAGCUGACCAAUUGGCAGGAGGUUGAGCGCCGCUAUUUGGAACGUAUUACCCAGGAGCAGUAUCACUCGACGGAACAAUUGGAACAGCGUCUGAGGCAGGAUCGUGAGCUGUUGGAAAAACUGGCCAGGGAUUAUCAGGUCCAGGUGGCGGAAAUUGAGUCGUGGAUGAAAAAGGAAUUGGCGCGUCUGCGCGAUGAGGGCCAACUGCAGAUUGACAACUUGACUUCGUGGCAGAUUGCGGAGAAGGAACGUUUGGAUCGCCUGCUGAAACAGAACAAAAACUGGUCGGUGGAGGAAUUUGAGAGUGUCCUGAAACAGGAUCGGGAACAUAUGCAGAACACUGCCUUCCAAUACCAUGUCUCGGUGGAGGAAAUCGAAAAAUGGAUCCAAGGUGAAGUGGAUCGUCUCCAGCAGCAGGGUAAGCUAAAUAUUGAGAAAAUGACCCAAUGGCAAAAGGAUCAGUACCAGAGGAUAAUGAAUCUGCUGCAACAGCAAUCGAGCAUUACGGCCGAGGAAUUUGAGACCAAGAUCCAGAAUGAUCGUCGCUUCCUCAUGAAUCUGGCCAAGCAGUACAAUGUGAACAUCAACGAAGUGGAGACCUACGUGAAGAAGGUCAUCGAAGAGCUAAAAGAGAAGGGCAAAUUUGAGAUUGAACAGCUUAAGGGCUGGCAAUUGGUGGAGCGGGACUAUAUCCGCAAUUUGAUUACGCAGUACAAGAACUCCCUGAGCACGGAGGAGUAUGAGCGGAAGUUGCGUAACGAUCGCGACCACUUGAAACAGUUGUCGGACUAUUAUCAGGUCAGUGUCAAGGAAAUCGAAGAAUGGAUGAUUCGCGAACUGCAACGCCUGCGCAAGGACUCCUCAGAUCAGAUUGCCAAAUUGGCUGCCUGGCAGCAACAGGAGUUGGAAAGGCUCAAGCAGCUCAUCAAGGAGAACAAUAAGCUGAACUACAUCCAGUUUGAGGUGGAACUCAAGAAGCAACAGGAUCACAUACGCCGUCUCUCCCAACAGUAUUCGGUGAGCGUCGAAGAGGUAGAACAAUGGCUAAGAGAGCAGCUGCUAAACUUAAAGACCACCGGCCAGGUCCAAGUGGAGAAUCUCAGCAAAUGGCAGGAGGAUGAACAGAAGCGUUUGAUUGCCCUCUGCCUCCAGCAGCAACGGGAGAUUUCCAACGAAGAGUUCGAACGUCAAUUGGCCAAGGAUCGGGCCCGAAUUGAAAAGCUCUCCAUGGACUAUAACCUCUCCGUCCAGGAAAUCGAACAAUGGAUGAAGGAUGAGUUGAAACGUCUCAAGGAUUCUGGUUUGGUACAGCUGGAACAGCUUAGCUAUUGGCAGAAGAUCGAACGUGAACGUCUCCUCGAUUGGUUGAAGCAACAGAAUAGCCUGACCACAGCCGAAGAUUUGGAUGGUUUCAUACGCCGAGACAAGGAGCGAUUGGAACGUAUUGCCCAGGACUACCAUGUCACGGUGGAGGAGAUUGAAAGCUGGAUAGAACAGGAGGGAGCCCGCCUACAAAUGUUGGGUGUCAUUCAUGGCCCAGGGACCUACAGCCACACUGUCGAUCGUCAAUGGAAUGUGACCACAAAUUACCCCAGCUAUGUGCCCGCCACCCCGGCCACACCCUCCACCUGGGAUAAAUACAACACCGAAGAGGUAUGGAAGGAACAGACCAAGGCCCAUUUGGUGGCCGUGGCCCAAGGCCGACCCAUGUCAUGGCAGGAAUUUGAAAAAUAUCUCCGUGACGAACGUCCCCGCUUGGAACAAUAUGCCCGCCAGUUCCAUGUUACCGUUGAGGAAAUUGAAACCUGGUUGAGGUCUGUGGCCCAGCAGCUCACCAAGGAGGGUUACAUCCAUGGCAAGACCACUGUGGAGGAAUGGGAAACCGUGGAAUACAACUACCUCCAGCAAUUGCUCAACCAACAGCCCCAGGGCCAGCAAUGGUCCUAUGAGGAGCUGGAACGUCAGCUACUCAAUGAUCGCCAACAUCUACAGCAGUUGGCCAACCAGUAUCACCUCAAUGUGGAGGACAUCAUUAACUGGUAUCGCCUGGAGCUGCAAAAAUUGCUCAACGAUCGGCGCCUUGUUUCCGAGAAUCUCACCCAAUGGCAGAAGGAUCAAAAGGAUCGCAUCUAUCAACUGGUCAAACAGAAACCCUAUCAAAGCUAUUCGCAAUGGGAGUCGGAAUUGCUGCGCGAUCAAACCACCCUGAAUCGCAUUUGUGAUCAAUAUCAUGUGACCAUCGAAGAGGUGGAGAUUUGGAUACGUCGGGAACUGCAGCGCCUGCUCAAUUUGGGGCUCAUUCGCAACACCCAAACCUCCACGAACAGCAGCGGAAGCAGCAGUGGCAGCGGCAAAAAUUGGCAGGAUGAGGAAAGGCGCCGCCUUCGUGCCAUUGCCUCGGAAAUCUCCAUUACCGAGGAAGAGUUCCUUGAAUUCAUUGCCUCCGAUGAUGCCUUCCAGCAACAUCUGACCCGCAUCUAUGGCUGUUCUCUCGAAGAGUUGGUGCCCUUCCAAAACAUUGAAAUUGGCAAAAUGAACCGCGAAGGCCUAUUGGAUCGCACCCAACUCCUCAAGGUGGAACCCUGGCAAAAGGCCGAACGUGAUCGCCUCUACUCCUUCAUCAAGGACAAAAGUUAUACCCUCGAGAACCUCAAGAAUUGGCAGAAACAGGAGACCGCAUUUACCCGGCUGGCCAGUCACUAUGGCAUUACCACCCAAACCCUCAAGGAAUGGCAAUUGGAGGAGUUCGAACGCCUCAUAAACCUGGCCCAUUUCUAUCAAAUGAACCUGAAUCAAUUGCAGGAUUUCCGUGAAAAGGAGCUACGCUAUUUGACCUAUGUCAUGCACAAGAAGACCAGCAGUGCCGAGGAGCAGAAUCGUUGGGCCCACAGUGAAAUGGCUCGCAUGAAUGUCCUGCAACGCAAGGUCAAUCUCAGCGGAGAACAAUUGAAACAAUGGCGCCGUCGUCUUUAUCUGCUGGCCCAGGCCCGUCUACCCUUUAGCUAUGGUGGUUCCGGUGGCCAUGCCUAUGGCGAGUUGCCCACCAACAGCACCGGCUAUUAUCCCAAAAUUAGCAAAGAUCGCGGUGACCAACCCCCCAAUGUCUAUGACGAACAAAUGGAUCCCAAUGAACCAGGUGUAGCCGGCAAGGAUCCCCUCUACCCACCCCCUGCUGCCCAACUCCACAAUGAUGGCAAUGGCCAAUAUUCCUCUCACUACAACACUGCCAUGAGCGGAGGAAGUGGUUCCGCCAGUCGUUAUAGCAAAAAGGAAUAUGAAUAUACCAGGCCAGGAUAUGGUGGCCACUACAGCAUGCAGGCCGAUGCUGAUUUUGGACAACAACAACAGGUUGAGGAAUUAAAUGAUUUUGGCCAGCAACAACAGCAACAGGAUGUGGAGGUGGAAGAUCUGACGGGGACAUUUACCUCACAUCAGAGUCCCUAUUAUCACAACAACAACCACAGGCAGGCACAGAAUGAGAAGCAAGUAAUGGCUGAGCACACAGCGCAAAUCGAAGUCCAAGCCGAAACCGAAAAGCCCGGAUUCUUCUCCAACAUCAAGAACAAGAUAUUUGGUUAAAAAACGACCGCCAAGGACUCAUCUGUUGACACCUCCCCCCACUCUCCCAUAAUUUUAAUUUUAAUUAAAUGCCAUAUAAUGUUUUUUUAUGUUUUUUUCUACGAAUUUCUAAUUUUUUAAUUUUGAAUAAUUUGUUUAAAAAUCUAUUUUGUUUUCUAUAAAAUUAUUGUUUUUUUUAUUUCAUUUAUAACUAGUCAGUAAGCAAGCAAUUAUGAUAAUGAUGACGCAAGAGCAUUGAAAUCGAAUAUGAGAUUAAUUUUUGUAUGAAAAAAAAAAACA